UGCUCCCUCACGCUCUGUGUUCUCCUGCAUGAUGUGUUUGAGGUUCACUGGAUGGCAGCUUUGACAGUGAUACUGAUGGUGCUGAGCCCUCCCUUCUCUUGGGCCAGGGAAACCCAAUCGUUUUUCAUGCAUCAGUUUAAGUGUGAGUGUCGUUUCUCCAACGGGUUGGAGAGGAUGCGAUUCUUUGCCAGAUACAUCUACAACACGGAGGAGGAUGUGCACUUCGACAGCGAUGUGGGGGAGUUCACGGCCAUGACGGAGCUGGGGAGGCUGGACGCCGAGUACUGGAACCAGCAAAAGGACUUCAUGGAGCAGAUGCGGGCCAAGGUGGACACGGUGUGCAGAUCCAACUACUUGGGCAUUGGUAGCUUCAUGAGGCAGCGCCGAGUGGAGCCUACAGUGACUGUGUAUCCUGCAAAGACCCAGCCCUUGCAGCACCACAACCUCCUGGUCUGCUCUGUGAACGGUUUCUACCCAGGACACAUUGAAGUCAGGUGGUUCCGGGAUGGCCAUGAAGAGGAGGUUGGGGUGAUCUCCACAGGCCUGAUCCCUAAUGGAGACUGGACCUUCCAGACCAUGGUGAUGCUUGAAACAGUUCCUCAGAGUGGAGAGGUCUACACCUGCCAAGUGGAUCACCCCAGCCAGAAGAGCCCUAUCACAGUGGAAUGGAGAGCACAGUCUGACUCUGCUCAGAGGAAGCUGAUGAGUGGAAUCGGAGGCUUUGCUCUGGGUCUGCUCUUCCUUGGUGUGGGGCUGUCCAUCAACUUUAGGAGUAAGAAAGGACACUCUGCACUUCAGCCUGCAGGACCCCUGAGCUGAAGUGAAGAUGGUGACACUCAAAGAAGAACCUUCUGUUCCAGCUUCUUCACAACCUGAAGAGGUCUCCUGCUUGGCUCCUAUUCCUCCACAACAAGAGUGCUUCUCAGGAUCUUGUGUGCUCCUGGUUGAGUGACCCUGCCGAAAAUGUCCUUCUUGCUGGUUUCCGUGGCCCCCAUGUUUGACCUGGACGUUCUCAGUAUUAAUCACCAUACCUUAUCUUCAUUCUUUCCUGGUCCCCUUUGUUUUCAACCUUUAGUGCCUCCUGUGCCUAUGAUCUCAUCUCCUGUCCAUAUGAUUAUAUA